UUUACUCGAACAAAAUUUAAAACCGAAGCUUGGAUGAAUAUAAAACUAAGUUUCAUUUCUAAUUUGUUAACAUCUGAUACAGAACACUCUGAUUUGAACACUGAAAUUCAGUUUCCUGUAUUCAGAGAAGUUUUCAAUUCGAAAAGUGCAUUGGUUAAGCGGGAAUAAUUGUAAUCGAAGCAGGUCACUGCUUAAUUGAGGCCUGAUUGUCACUAGAUAUCCAUAUAUGAAUAUUCACGACACAACUACAGCUUGCGAAUUACUUUCAAACUAAAAUUGGACUAAAAUGGCAAAUUAUCAGCGUCGGAUGCGGGAAUUGCAGCAGAUUGAGGAGGACGUGCGCACGGUUCGCAUUCUGAUAUUGGGCGAUCCAGGUGUGGGAAAAACAUCUUUGACUAACUUGUUGGCUAACAGCGAGAUCACGCCAACACGUUCCUCUAGAACCGUUGCCGACAGCGAGUGGACCGUCCAAGCGCGUCUGCACGAGUACCCCAGGGUGAACCUUCCACUCACACCCGAGUGGACGUCGACCUCAUCAUCGGACCGCUCAUUUCGAUCGCCACAAACUCCAGAAGAGCUAUAUUUCGUUGAGUUCUACGAUAAGAACGACUCAGUGACAUAUGGUCGAGUGGACAGGAACCCCUUGUACAAGAACAUAGACGGAAUCAUCUUGGUGUAUAAUAUGCAAGACAUGCGGUCCCACGACCACUUGCACGACUGGAUCUACGGGCCGCUGCGCGAGUUGAGCGAAAGCCACCCGAUGAACCGCAAGCGCAAGCGUACAUGUAUGAUGAGCCUUCACAAUGUGCCUAUCCUAGUCGUGGGCACCAUGUUGGAUAAGCUGCGCAAGCGCUCACUGCGUCGCACUGGGAACAUUGCUUAUCAAUUGCGAUCAGAGGAGAUAUUCAUCAAUUGCCAAGAUCAAAACUCAUUGUGCGAAAUGGGCCGCAAUUACGGAAAAGUGCGCAAUUUCCUGAACAGAGCCGUCGAAUUUCGGAAAUGAACUGAAUACUCUACUUAACCACAAAUGUGUACACACAUGAUACAUGUGCCUUAAUAUCUUAAUAUAUGUAUUAAGUAUA